AUGUGUUGGCAAGGCGUUAAUAAAGUGGAGAGCUGGCAUAGAUGGGUAUUCUGGGAGUGCAGCUACUGCUUUUGUCUAUGCGAUGAGCAAAGCAUAAAGUCUGAUCGUUACUUUAAUCUUCGGAAAACACAAGCACAUUUGUAUUCAGACAAGGUUGUGACUGGAGUGCGAUUUGUGAAGAAGAAUCGUGUAUUUCAUAUUCAAAUACAGCAGGGACAACUUUUGCCCCGAGGUGCCAUCAACGAAUCAACUUUAGAGUGGGUUCCUGUCGAUGAUUACCAAAUCUCUGAUGUUACUGAGGGAGUCGACUCUCACGUAAUGAGCUUCGAAAACCGGGGAAUCGAUCUGGAUGAAGUAUUUAAAUAUGACAAUAUGUUUAUUGUAACCGGUGUGGGUUUCAAUGCAUAUGAUAAUCGUCUUGGAUUGGACAUAUUGGUUAGUGGAUAUAAUUUCGAGCAGGGUACAAUACAUAUAAUGUAUACGGACACCGUUAGAAACAUUGGUGUAGAUAACAAAGAACUGCAUAUUAAUAAUCUGGAUUUACCAACACGAUCAAAAGAAAACUCACAGCCACUGUCAAAGACUAAACAAUAUCUUAAAUUUGUCAACACUGGAUUGGAAGCGGAUGCGGGUCAAACAACAAUUCCAUUUAUUGACAUUCAGGACGUGGUGUCAAAUCCGCCAGUUCCAUUGGCUGGUCUUGGCAUCUACUAUAAAAGUAGUCCAGGUUACGGAGGUUUUGUGGCUCCCAAACUCAUCAGCUAUGACUACGCAGCUCACGUUCGAUCGUAACCCCAAGAUGCUUCUGAACUUAUUGGUUUCUAUUUUUAUAACUUUACUUAAAAUUCUUGCACAAUUCUGUGCAAUUCAGUAUAUUAUAUUCCUUAUCUAUUUUUAUGUUAAAAAGCCAGGGAGUCUAGGAUUUUCUAAU